AUGUCUAGCCUUCUCUGGUAUAUGAUUUUGUCUUUCAAGUUUAUGCUUGUUUUCAUACAAAGGUUUAAAUCAGACUCAUGUUAUGAAUCUUGUGGGCUAUUAAAUUCUCAAUUGAUUCACGAGAUUUUGCGAAAAUUUUACUUGAAGGACGGUGUUAGGACUUGUAAAAAAGUCCCACAUCGUUUUGGUGUAAAUCAAGUCAACAAUGUGACUUAUAAUUCACCAAUAUAUGUAUUUUAUUACAGGGGAAGGGGAUGGGAGAGGUUUGAACUCGAGACCUCUAUGGGAUACCAAAUAUUGCCCAUGAAUGAUCCUCAAGACAAAGAAGAGUCAUCAACUAAAGAUAAUCAUCACGAGACACCAUGUGAAUUCUGGAUCCCUAGACGUACGAUUGUACACCUACCCCCCUGCCUCCUUCUCUUUUGCUCACCAAUACAGCGACGCUCGCACUCUCUCUAUCUCUCUCUCGCAAUGGCGUCUGUUGGUGUGCUCUGCUUUGUGUCCCUGGUCUCACUUUUUGCGGCGGCGAAUGCCAGAAUCCCCGGAGUUUACACCGGAGGGCCAUGGCAGGGUGCCCACGCCACUUUCUACGGUGGCAGUGACGCCUCUGGAACUAUGGGUGGUGCCUGUGGGUAUGGGAAUCUUUACAGCCAAGGCUACGGAGUGAACACUGCCGCUCUCAGCACUGCUCUCUUCAACAACGGACUCAGCUGCGGUGCGUGUUUUGAGAUGAAGUGCACAGACGAUCCCAGAUGGUGCAACCCUGGUAACCCCUCCAUCUUAAUCACUGCGACAAACUUCUGCCCUCCCAACUUCGCUCAACCUAGUGACAACGGUGGCUGGUGCAACCCUCCUCGUCCCCACUUUGACCUCGCCAUGCCCAUGUUUCUCAAGAUCGCCCAGUACCGUGCAGGAAUCGUCCCUGUUUCUCACCGCCGGGUUCCGUGCCGGAAGCAAGGCGGUAUCAGAUUCACCAUUAACGGUUUCCGUUACUUCAACCUGGUUUUGGUCUCCAACGUAGCUGGUGCAGGUGAUAUCGUGCGCUUGAGCAUCAAAGGAUCAAAUACCGAAUGGUUGCCUAUGAGCCGCAACUGGGGCCAAAACUGGCAAUCCAACGCUGUUCUUGUGGGGCAGUCUCUGUCCUUUCGAGUGACAGGCAGUGACGGACGAACCUCCACUUCCCGCAACAUCGCACCUCCUAAUUGGCACUUCGGUCAGACUUUCUCGGGAAAGAACUUCCGCGUCUGAUUUUUCCAUUCGCACUUUAUUUUGCGUUUUUUCUUUAAGAAACUUUAUUAUAGUUGAACUGUUUAAGUUUUUCCGCCUUCGAUUUUUCCUCUUUUUCUCGGGAAAAUUCGAAGUGGUGAAAGGGAUGAUAAUAGUAGGAAUCUUAAAAGAGUAGGAACUUGUGUAAUAGUGCUGAAGUGGCUGUAAGGUAGCCCGCAGCUCUUCAUUAUGUUUUGCCAUUCCACUAUAUUUUUUAUCUAAAAAUAAUAUAUUUUGUGCUA